AUGGAAGCUCCCGACUUCUUGCAGAAUCCUCAGCUCUCCACCUCCGACAACAACAUGGCCUCCGCCGACUCCUUUGUUGUCGACGACCUCCUUAACUUCUCCAACGUCGACGAUGAAACUCUCCUCCCCGACGACGCUUCCCUCCCUUCCCUUCCCGGCAACUCAACCAAUUCUUCCACCGUCACCGCCGUUGAUGCCUCCCCGGCUAGCCAACCUAAUGUUGUCUCCGAUAUUGACACCCGCAAUUUCCACGACCCCCAUUUUUCCGGCGAUCUCUGCGUCCCCGUGCCGUAUGAUGAUAUGGCAGAGCUGGAAUGGCUUUCGACGGUGGUGGAUGAAUCAUUUUCAAGCGAGGACCUGCAGAAACUGCAGCUGAUAUCUGGUAUAAAAGCCCGUAACGACGUCGAAACAUCCGAAAUCACUCAGGAAUUCCAGGCCGAAACCAACCGGAGCGUCGUCAACAGCCCCAUAUUCAACACAGAAGUCUCGGUUCCGGCCAAAGCUCGCAGCAAGCGCUCACGUGGCUCUCCAUGCAACUGGACCUCUCGCCUCUUUCUCCUUUCUCCGUCCCCAUCUCCAUCGCCAUCACUAUCCUCCACCUCAUCUUCCUCAGAUCCCGACGCCAUCCUUUCCACCGCAAAGAAACCAGGGAAGGCCGCGCCAAGGAGGAAGGACAGCGGCGGCGAGGGCCGCAAGUGCCUGCAUUGUGCCACAGAUAAGACGCCGCAAUGGCGGACCGGGCCCAUGGGCCCCAAAACGCUUUGCAACGCGUGCGGGGUGAGGUACAAGUCAGGGCGGCUGGUGCCAGAAUACCGGCCGGCGGCGAGCCCAACGUUCGUGCUGACCAAGCAUUCAAACUCACACCGGAAGGUAAUGGAGCUCCGACGCCAGAAGGAAAUGCAGCAACAGCAGCAGCAUCAUCAGUUUCUGCAACAUCCGAAUAUGAUGUUUGAGUUUCAUGUGUCCAAUGGGGACGAUUACUUGAUUCAUCAACACCUCGGACCUGACUUCAGGCAGCUCAUUUAGUAGUUUGCUAGCUAGAGAGCUUAUGAGAGAAUUAAUUAGCAAACAUCUUCAAUUUUUUUAGACCCUUUCGUUCCUAAUUUUCAUAGGGAUUUUCAUUUAUUUUCCCCAACACCCGGCCUCUUUCCGUUUUCUUUUUCUGAGUUUCUCUGGUUUCAUCUAAUUAAUGUUUCUCUUGGAGUCGUUAUUUAGGCCAAAAUUGGCAUAACCCUCCAUCCAAAUUCAAAAUUUUCUAAUUCAGUUUAUUU